CCCGACAUAAGAACUUAGGUUGGCAGCCCUCACCAAGCGAGGCACCCUUUACCAAGGCGAUGACAGUCAGCUGAGUUGUUGUUCUGGAAUAACAGACGAAUUGGCGAGCACUAAUCUAAUCAAAACUGUUUCCACACACGCUGCCCGGAACUCCUUAAAAACCACUCAUCACCGGGCGAAAUUGCCUAAUCGAUGUUCUUGAUGUCUGCCGGCUUUUCGGAUUUUUUCACGGCAGCCAAGAUAUCAGAGGACGAGGAGGCCAAUUCAGAGGCAAACAGAGCUCUCUGCUGCUGUGAAUACGUUUCAGAUGAGAAUAAACAGCGAUCACACAUUCUAGGAUGCUGUUGUAACUGUGUGGACCUCGACUUAGUGUUUACAAGACUCGUCACCUGCCGGCCCAUCAAUCAAAGGAACAUAGACGGCAUGCUGAUCGCCUUCCAGGACCGGUUGCGUCUGCCAUGGCGAGGCGGUGCCAAGCGAAUCUCUCCCGCAGCCGUGGCCCCCGCGUUUAUUGUGCCUCUCAUGUUGGGAUUGGCCACUUUAAACUCCAAGACGGCCGUGGUAUUAAUGCUCACAUUGAUUGGCUUCACUGGGUGGGGCGUACAGCAGGCCAAGCGGACGGACACACGGACCAACUUCUUUCUCAGCUGGCUGGUCUUCUCUGUGUUUUACAUGAUCCUCAUAUUCGAGUUCCAGGUGCCACUGCUUGAGUUGGCCCCGGAGGAGAACUACGCCCUGAUGUUCUUCUCCUGUGCUGCCCUGUACUGUCUGUACUCCGCCAAGGUGCUGUCUCCUCUGAACCUGGUCUCUGCCCAAUACGGAACCACGCCCAAGGAUGAGUUGCCGGGCAUCGCGGAGGCUUCUAGUGGUGAAGAGCAGGCAGAGGCCCAGACCACGCUCCAGAUGGAGAGUGUGCUGAGCCUGGACAACGAUGACGAGGUGGUGGACAUGGACACUGCUGAGCGAUCGGGUCUGAUGCACGGGCAGCCUAACAUCUGCGAGAGCUGCCGCAAGGUGACUCCACGGCGAGCAUACCACUGCAAUGUGUGCGGCACCUGCGUGAAGAGGCGGGAUCACCACAGUUAUUGGUUGAACUGCUGCAUUGGGGAGCGGAACUACAUGUGGUACAUAGUCGGACUGGCUCUGUCGGAGAUCGCGCUGCUACUCGGUGCCAAUUUGACCCUUACGUCGAUUUGCCAUCCCUUUAUGGUCGUGAGACCACUGGGAUAUCCAGUGCUUUUGCCGGACGACUGCAGCGAGGUAUUUGAAGGUUUUGAGCUUGGCAUCUCUUUUGUGGUGGCUUGCUACGCCCUACUGAUCUCCGCCUACAUCGCCUUUAUACUCACUCGACAGGCCUACUUGUGGUGGAAGGGCUCCACCCUGCACGAAUAUAAGCGUGCAUCGAACGCCGCUGGUCGCAAUCGAAUCUGGAGCAACUGGAAAGCAAUUUUGAAGUGAUUGCCCACAUACCAAAAAGCAGAAAGCACUCGCUUGUCGCUCAAAUACUAAAGUAUUUCCACUUUAAACGCUGUUCUUUAUAGUCGUACUUAGUUGUAGUGCUUUAAGGUCUUAAUGCAAUUUCAAAUUUACUCAAAAUAAAUACAAUUAAGAAAUUAUAACGAAAA